UUUGAGAUUCAAACAUGUCUUUAUUUGACCAUAAUUUUUUCAUAUAUAGUUUAAAUAUUUUGAUUUACCAAUUAUAAUGACUUAUAAUACUUUUACGUAGUUUUUAAAUAUGUGAAUUUUUAUUUCAAAAGACUUAAAGAUUCAAUGCCUGAAUUCACGACCUAAAUUAAACCAUUUGACUGUUGAAAUUUCGAACUGUGUCACAUAAUUGGGACAGAACAGUAGUUAUUUGCUUUCAAAUUUUGAAAUAUGUCAUUUAUUUUGAAAAAGAUUAAAUGUGUCACAUAUACUGAAAUAGAUAUUACUGGAAAAUAUGUUGUAAUAGGUAAUUAGGAUUUGAAGACAUUAAGAUUUAGGAGCACGAUUUUUUUGAACUAACAAUUUUGACCCCUCACGUUAUUAUCACAAAAUAGCUUUCCCUCCAUGCUCAUGAGAAAAAGACAAACCAAAAAGAGAGGCAACGUACGUUUUUUCGUACAUUCAAAAAAGGAAAAAGAAAAAAAACAGGUAGCAGAGUGCCAUUGGAUGCUUUAUUCUUGGCUCUGCAACUCUUUUUUUAACAUCCUGAUAAUGAUGAAGUACUAAACUUUGCAUAACCCCUUUUUUAUAUCUCCUUUUCUAAGGAGCUGAAUCUUGAAAACAAACUUUUGAUAUCUUUUUGAAAAAAAAUAAAAAUGGGAGGGAGUAUGGUAGAAAGUAGAGGAGGUAGUGUAGUUUGGGUGCAAAGACAAAAUGGAACAUGGUGGCCUGGUAGAAUAUUGUGUAGUAAUGAAAUCCAAACUUGUGGCAUUCUUUCUCCUACUAACGUCACUUCAAGAUUUCCCAUUAAGCUUCUUGGUCGAGAUAAUGCUUCUGUGUAUUGGUACAAUUUGGAGAAGUCUAGACGCGUAAAGGCAUUUCGAUGUGGUGAGUUUGAUGGUUAUAUCAAAAAGGCUGAAUCGUCCAAGACUUUUACCAAUACUAAAAGCCUGAAAUAUGCACAUCGAGAAGAUGCCAUUCUUCAUGCUCUUGAACUUGAGAAGCAAGACCAGGAGAAAUUAGAAAGUCCAGUAUUAGUGUCUGGAUUCAAAGAGGGUGAGACACAUGGAGAAAGUAAUCAAAAAGCAAAGAGAAGCAGAUGCUUUUACUCCCCUAACGACUCGAUAUCUUUCUUGGAGAAAUCAGUUCAUUCUCAAUCAUCAAAGAUGAUUCCCACAUCUAAUCAAGCUGCAGAAAAUUCUUCUUCCAAGUCUACGAGUUCCUUGAAGAGCGAUUCAAAGAGUUCACAUAGAAAGAGAGAAACAACUGCAGGUAACAACGCAUUGAAACCAACAAAGAUGAGCUUCAAGGUUGUAAGUCGUCCAGCAGUCAACAAAUGGAAGCAAAAAGGGAAAAUGCCUAAUCAACAGUUUAGGAGCAAAUCAGCUGUUUCAACUAAUGAAAGUAGUAGUGAAUUUGGAUCCAAUGAGAUGUCUCAGCCUAGUCCAGGGAACAGUUUCUCGGAGGACACCAGCAGCCUUAGUUCAAACUUCAUCCCGCGGAAGAAUAGUACUAAGACAUUAAUGGAUGUGCAUAUGGCAGUUCAAGGCACCUAUAGAGUAGAGCAUACUCCCCUUGUUUCUCUAACGAGUAGAUUAAACGGAAAGGCAAUCAUUGGGCACCCCAUCAACAUAGAAGUGUUAUAUGAUAGUUCAAUUCUUCCUGCUAAAAAGGAGAGCUCUUAUCAGCUGAAAAGCACUAACAGGAUGCCUCAACUUGUUUGGAGAAAGUCAAAGAGAACUCCCGUCUGUUACACAAGUUCUACUUCCUCUUUUGCAACUAAGCAUGAGAGCAUUCAGCAAAGCAACAAGAAACUUGGAGAUUCGAGUUCCCAAGCAAGAAAAAAUGGCCCCUUUAAUACUAAGUCUCGUGGGAAGUUAUCGAAGAAGCCAAACGUGUCAAAGAAUAAACCAAGAACAGUACUGCCUUCUGUUACAUGUGUGCCUGUGAAAGACAUAUUCAUCAAGUUAAUCGGGGCACUUGGAAAUGUUUGAUCCUUAGCAGGAGGUGUUCAUAACUUGAGUAUUUAUUGCCCUUUAUGAUUUUCUGAGUAGGAGAAGCUUUCUGUAAAUAUUACAGUUUGCUUAGUUUUUGCUGACAUUAUGAGAAAUGUAAAUUGACAUACUAAAGUAGGUUAAUGUCUCCUCUGUAAGUAUCCUUAACUUACAAAAAUAUGACAAAAAGAUUGCUCAGCCUUUUGUUCUUCCAACAUGAAAUCUAUCUAUUAGUCGGUUCUAGUAAGA